AUGGUAGGUCAACCAAGAAUACCUCCAACGCCUGCCAGGACGAGUAUGGCAGGUCAAACGGUCAUCGUCACGGGUGGAAAUUCAGGUUUAGGCUUCGAAACAGCUCGACAAUUCCUGACUUUGCAAGCUUCCCGGGUCAUAAUUGCUGUGCGAUCAGAGUCCAAAGGACAAGAAGCAAUAUCUGCACUCCGUGCCGACCCUGCUGUGAAGGCUGCCAAUCCUUCGGCGAAAGUUGAAGCCUUUCUUCUAGAUCUUGAAGACUACCAGUCCGGAUUACGGUUUGCUCAGAGAGUGAAGAAAGAGGUCCCUGAAUUGCAUGUUCUGCUGUGCAAUGCUGGAAUGAAUAUCUUGAGGUAUGAAACCAGCAAGAGCGGCCACGAGAUGGUCAUGCAAGUCAACUGCUACACCCAUUUCUUCAUUGCCCUUGAGUUACUUCCGCUUCUCCUAGCAACCGCGGUCAAGCGAGGAACACCAUCCCACCUCUCCUUCAUCGGUUCGGAUAUGCAAUCCAUGCAUACCUUGGCCAACCGUCCGUUCACAUCGCCGGAGACUCUACUAGGUCAUUUUGACAAUUUGAAAGCAUAUAACAUGAAACGCUACGCGGACUCCAAGCUGACUGCAAAUGCAUUCGCGCGCAAACUUGCAACUGUAGUCUCCUCCAAUCAUGUUAUUGUUAACACUGUUUGUCCUGGAAUAGUUGCAACGGACCUCGAAAAAAGCCUUCCUGCCUGGGUUAAGGUCCCAUACUUCUUUAUCAGGGCGGUUUUAGCUAGGAAGGUGGAUGAGGGUAGCCGGACUUUGGUCUAUGCUAGUGUGAUCGCAGGCCCAGAGACUCAUGGAAGAUACCUCAAUCACAACAAGGUUGAAAUUAAUACACCGUUCCUGGAUGAGAGUAAGGGCAAGCAAUUUAUUGAGAAGUUUUGGACGGAGAUGGUGGAGGAGGGCAAGUCUCUGGACCCUGAGUUAGAGAUCGCUGCUUAGAGGGACCAAUUUCCUGAUUUCUUCCCUCUGUCGUAUCCAAUUAGCAUGCAUAACUAUGUUUCCCAAUCAAUGGCAGAUCCCUUGCGCUCGCAACGAAGUGUCUCAGGGAGGUUCAAGUUGGGUGAGCAACAGGGACCAAGUUUCAUAUUGCGUCUUCAUUGGGACCACUGUCCCUUGGCUUGGGGCGUUUCAUUUCUCUUGAGUAACAACUUGAGAGUCAUCAUCGGAUCCGAUCCGGCCCACGCCACUCUCAACUACGGCAUUUGCCUUCUUAUCCUGGUCGACAAAAUAUUUAAUCACAAAGAUCAUCCCAAAUUCAC